UAACAGUGGUGAAUUCAUACUGAAACGAAAUAGUUCACUGAACAAGUAAAAUCUGUAAAUGUAUAUUCGGAAUAAAAAUUUAGCAACAAAAAGCGUAAAAAAUUCGUGGUGGUUUUAAUUCUGUCAUUCAAUUGUAACAAGUGCGUUUGUUUUUUGUUUGUAUUUUAAUAUUAUUGUUAUCGAAAAGUUGUGUCUUCCCGUUCUAAUUGAAGCGACAAAAAUAUUGGUUGACACUCCAUUUUAUAUACAGCGCUCGUUCAAUUCAAUAUUCCAAUGAUAAAAUUACUCUCUCAAAAUUUGGUGAAAUCAUAACAAAAUCAAACGGUUGAAUUAAUGGUUAAACGAUCAUCAAGCAUUUACGAAGGGCUUCAAUCUCUGGAAUAUGUCACAUCACAGCGACGAUCAACUUCUGCAGGCUGGAAGUGAUUCAUUUUGGGAGCCAGGCAACUACAAACGUACAACAAAAAGAAUAGAAGAUGGCUACAAGCUUUGCACAGAUCUUCAGACACUGAUCCACGAGCGAGCUGAAAUAGAAAAGGCGUACGCAAAAAGUUUACGAGCGUGGUCGAAAAAAUGGGGUGAACUUAUCGAAAAAGGUCCCGAAUAUGGAACAAUGGAAGCUGCAUGGAAAGGCAUUUUAACGGAAUCUGAACGCGUUUCUGAUGUCCAUUUAAAAGUGAAAGAGAAUUUAUGCGCCGGAGAAAUUCAGCAAAUUAAAACCUGGCAAAAGGAUAAUUUCCACAAGAAUAUGCUUCAAAUAAAAGAGCGUAAGGAAAUGGAAGAUUUGUUUAAAAAAGCACAGAAACCAUGGGCGAAACAUCUUGCAAAGGUCGAAAAAACUAAAGCCGACUAUCAUGGUGCAUGUAAGACUGAAAAGACGGCAACAAAUCAAGAACGGAAUGCAAGUGCUGACAGCUCCAUAUCACAGGAUCAGAUCAAGAAAAUGCAGGAUCGUGUACAAAAAACGAAGGAUGAAGUUCAGAAAUGUCGUGAAAAAUACGAGCAAUCGUUGCAAGAAAUCAAUAAAUAUAAUCCAAUUUACAUAGAGGAUAUGACCUCAGUGUUUGUCAAGUGCCAAGAAAUGGAAGAGAUCCGAUUGCAGUUCUUCAAAAAAGUUCUUUUCUCCAUUCAUAAAACGUUAAAUGUCACACAAGAUCCAAAUUUACCUCAAAUUUACGAGGAGUUCUAUCAUACGAUCAACAAUGCCGAUCACAAAAAGGACUUGAAAUGGUGGUCAAAUAAUCAUGGAGUCAAUAUGGCCAUGAACUGGCCGGCUUUUAUCGAGUACACUGAGGAAUUUCGAGAUAUUGCAAAAGGAAAUAAAUCCAAAGAAGCUCUUCCAGCUGCUCCAAUUACGCUCAUCCAUCAAAGACCAGUUGGCGAAGAGUUGCCUGAAUACCCACCGCCACAAAACAGUCGAAAUAGUAUUAAAACAGCGAUAAAAACAUCAGCAGCUCGAGUAAAUAAGGAAGAUUCUCCAAAAUCCAAUGAUUCAUCUCCAAACAAUACAUCAAAUUCACCAAAUAAUCGAAACUCAUCAAUAACAAAUGGCACCAACAAAUCAGAGGCGAAUCCAUUCGACGAAGAAGAUGGCGAAUGGGAUGAAGGAGAAGCUGAAAGCAUUUUGGUUGAUAACGGCGAGGCCGGUGUUCCAGUUAAAGCUUUAUACGAUUACGAUGGUGCCGAAAGUGAUGAGUUGACAUUUAAACAAGGUGAGAUAUUUGAAAAGCUUGAAGAUGAAGAUGAACAAGGAUGGUGCAAGGGUCGCAAGAAUGGACGUGUCGGAUUAUAUCCAGCAAACUACGUUGAAGUUGUAGCAACGUAAGCAUUCUUUUGGUUGAUGAAAAUAAUUAUUGUUUUCUAGUAGUCUGUCGCAUCGAGAAAUCUUUUAAUUAGUAUGUUUAUCACAGUUAUGAAAGUGAAAUCGGAUUGCGAUACAAAUUUUUAAUAUUCAAUGUAAAUAUAUACUAUUAUUAAUCAAUUGUUUGAAUAGAAAAAAAAGAAAAAAAAAUAAUAGCAAUAACUGAAUUAAAUUCAUUCAUAAUGGAAAUGUCACUUUACAACCCAUUAAAACAAGUAACUGAAAGAAUUGUGAGUAGAUGAAAUUGCAUAUAUUAUUAGCUUUACAUUAAUUUGGAAUUAAAAGUUAAUAUAUCAUAAUA